AUGCCGCCGGGCGUAGAUCACCGGGUGAGGCCUGCGAGGCCGACCACCGUCCACGGCUUCGUUCAGCUCGGGGACCUCUCCGGGCUUCAGAAGAAGCUGGCGGAGAAUCCCUCUCUCCUCAAUGAGAGGAACGAAAUCGUACGUCGCUCUCCUGUCCCCAUUCCUCUUUUUGUUUUUUCUUCUUCCUGUUCCCCCCCUUCCAGAUCUCUCGGUGUGUUUUUCAUCGUUCUUCUUCCAGUUUGGUAGGAUCUUCUGUUCGGCUCGGGAUUCUUAAACCUUCGAUCCUUCUUCCCCUUCUGCUCUCUGCUGCGUUUCCUAUUCCGGAUCCGAUUAUUUACGGGAACAUCUACUCUGGCGAGCGAUGAUUUCUCCCGUUUCAUCACAAUCUUAGAUCUUCGUUAAUUGAUGGAUUGGGAGCCUCCCCGUUCCUGAUAUCCUUUCAAGAUCCACGAGUAUAUCUGAUUUUCUUUUAGGAGCAGAGCAGAAAUCUGUGCCGGAUCGGUAGAAACGGCAAGCAGAGCUCAAGAAUAUCUAGAAUGAGAAUGCCGAUCUAUUCCCUCCCUUUGCGGUGGCUUCGAGAUGGAAAUCCUCCACCAAAGAGGCAAAACCGUUCAAAUCCGCAAAUCACAAAUCAUUUCAGUCUCGCUUAUGAACAUCCUGAUUCAUAAAGCUGCUGUGCAUUGCGUGCCUUCCUCAUUUGAAUGAUCAACCUUGUGAACCCCCUUUGCAGAUGGUCCAGACGCCCCUUCAUGUUGCCUCGGGUUACAAUAACGUUGGGAUCGUCAAGUUCCUUCUCAACUGGAACGGACCCGACAAGGUGGAGUUGGAAGCAAAAAACAUGGUAAUUUGAUCUCUCCGAUCCAUAAUUUUUCUUUGGCUUGCUGUUGUUUCUGCUCGUUUUCCUCCCCGAGAGAUCGAUCUGAUACAUGUAAACUCUACUUGGACGCUACGCAGUACGGGGAGACACCACUGCACAUGGCUGCGAAAAAUGGGUGCAGUGAGGCGGCAGAGCUGCUCAUCCAGCACGGGGCAAUCAUAGAAGCACGGGCUAAUGUAAGUAGUCCCAUCAAUGGCCGGAUCCCUUCUUUAGCAGCUGCUUGCUCCGAUGGGUUUCUGAUCGAGUUCUGAAAUCAUCCUUUCUUAUUACCUAUUUUUCUCAUCGGCCCGUCGGGCCUUCUGAUCGAGUUUUGAGAACAUUUCUGUCCUGCGUGUGAAAAUCGAUCCGUUCAUCGUUCCUGAUCUUCAUGUAUCAUUGUCAGUUUUCUUUUUCGGGUAAUCUGUUGACUUUCCGAUCGAUCUAACCCUGAGUUCGCCUUCACAUUUCUCCUGUACCCGUGAAGAAAUGCAUGUCCCUCUUCGGCAUCUAGUCGCAUAAAUUCUUACCCUCGUCAUGUUCAGUUGACUUUACGGUCAAGUUGUAAGGUCAAAAUCUCCUCCCGAAGAGUUUCACAACGGACUCCUUUCUGAGCAUCAAAAACAUCAAAAACUCACUUUGCUGUCACAAAGUCCGUUGACUUCGAGUUCUGAGAUCAUAUCCCUGGUUCCGCAGAAUGGGAUGACCCCGCUGCACCUGGCCGUCUGGCACGCCCUCCACGCCGAAGACCCCAGCACGGUCGGCACACUGCUGAAACACAACGCUGACUGCAGCCUCGUUGACGACGUGGGUUUCUUCUUUCCUUUUGUUUUCUUUUUUUUUGGUCUCCUCUUGAAAAUCUCCAGCGAUCUGAAAAUGGCCGAUCAAUGGCGGCGGCGAUGAUGCAGGAAGGGGUGACCCCGCUGAACCUGCUCUCUAAAGCGUCGAACGGGGGAAAGCUGCAGCAGCUCCUCCAGAGGCACGCUGAGGAGCAGAGGCGGCGGAAGGCCCUGGAGAUCUGCAAGGAUGCGACGGCGAAGAUGGCGGAGUUUGAGACUGCCAUGGCGACCAUCGUGGGACUGGAAGAGAUAAAAUCUCAGCUGCACAGGUGGGCGAAGGGGAUGCUCAUGGAUGAGCGCCGGAGAUCUCUAGGGUUGAAGAUCGCUCCCCGGAGGCCUCCUCACAUGGCCUUCCUCGGCAGCCCUGGAACAGGUAAAAAAGCCGGCUCCUUUCUCUCUCCGUUGACCUCUCUUUGUAGAAAGCAUUGCCUCUCAUGGAUGUGAUCUUCUUCUUUGUACUGUACAGGGAAAACAAUGAUCGCUCGCCUCCUGGGGAAGCUGCUCCAUAUGGUGGGAUUUCUGCCCACCGACAGGGUCACUGAAGUCCAACGGACAGAUCUGGUGGGAGAAUUCGUGGGCCACACCGGACCCAAGACCAGGAGAAAGGUAAUUAUUAUAAUAAUAAACCACAAUCUCUGCCCAUUUCAUUAUUUUCUCGCCCAUAAAUUACGACAACAGGAAGAAUAUAAAAAUAAUAGAAAAUAAAAAAUAGGGAAGCAUAGCGCAAUUUAAAUAAAUAAAUAAAUAAGGAAAACCGUAGCAUAAGAAAUGAUGGGUGUUUAAAACUCCGUUGACCUACGAUUGCAGCUGGAGCAAGCGGAAGGGGGGAUUCUUUUCGUGGACGAAGCGUACCGUUUGAUUCCGAUGCAGAAGUCGGACGACAAGGACUACGGGUUGGAGGCCCUGGAGGAGAUCAUGUCUGUGAUGGAUACCGGGAAGAUCGUGGUCAUAUUUGCCGGGUACGAGGAGCCGAUGAAGCGCGUCAUAACCUCCAACGAGGGCUUCUACAGGCGGGUGACCAAGUUCUUCCACUUCAAGGACUUCAGCACCUCGGAGCUCUCCCAGAUCCUGCACCUUAAGAUGGUGGACACCGAGGUGGGCAGCUCCCUCUACGGCUUCAGGCUGCACCCUUCCUGCACCAAUGAGGCCGUGACCCAGCUCAUCGAAACCGAAACAACGGAGCAGCAGAGGAAGGAGAUGAACGGGGGCCUGAUCGAGCCGAUGCUCAUCAACGCCAGGGAGAAUUUGGAUCACCGGCUGGGAUUCGACUGUAUAGACACCGACGAUCUGCUCACCAUCACCAUGGAGGAUCUGCGCGCCGGCCUGCAGCUGCUCCGCCGUUGA